CAUUCCUAAUUGACACAGUAUCUAUAGCGCAGUAACACAUCAUUUAAAAGUUGUAGAAAAAAAGAACAUAUUAACUAUAAAUUAUAUUUUAUAUUGAUUUUAAUAUAAAAAAUUGAACAAAAUGCCAUACGCAAAUCAACCAUCAGUUCACAUUUCAGAUUUAACAGAAGAAAAUGUGAAAUUUCAAGUAGAAGACACAGAACUAAGUGUAGCAAACAGUAUGAGACGCGUCUUUAUUGCUGAGACACCUACUAUGGCUAUCGAUUGGAUACAAUUGGAAGCUAAUUCAACCGUGUUAAGUGAUGAAUUUUUAGCACAUAGGAUCGGAAUGAUACCAUUAAUAAGUGAUGAAGUUAUUGAUAGGAUACAAUAUACAAGAGACUGUCAGUGCAUGGAUUUCUGCCCAGAAUGCAGCGUCGAAUUCACGCUUGAUGUAAAGUGUACAGAAGAUCAAACUCGACAUGUGACUACUAAAGAUUUCAAAUCCAGUGAUCAAAGAGUACUUCCAGUUACAUCUAGACACAGAGAAGAUGAUGCUAGCGAAUAUGGAGAAACAGAUGAAAUAUUGAUAGUGAAAUUGAGAAAAGGACAAGAAUUGAAGUUAAGAGCAUAUGCAAAAAAAGGUUUUGGAAAAGAACAUGCAAAAUGGAAUCCCACUGCUGGUGUGAGUUUUGAAUAUGAUCCAGAUAACGCUAUGAGACACACAUUGUUUCCGAAACCUGAUGAAUGGCCAAAAUCAGAAUACAGUGAAUUGGAAGAAGAUCAAUAUGAAGCACCAUUCAAUUGGGAAGCUAAACCAAAUAAAUACUACUUCAAUGUGGAAAGUAGUGGAGCUCUAAAGCCUGAGAAUAUUGUCAUAAUGGGCAUUGCAGCAUUGAAAAAUAAAUUAUCGAAUUUACAAACACAAUUGAGUCAUGAAGUUCAAAGUGAUGCUCUGAGUAUUCAUCAUUAAAUUAAAUAUAUUGCUAUAGACAUUUAAAUAUUUUAGGAUUCUUUCUUUAUACUCUUAUAAAAAUUAAAAUUAUCAUUAAUAUGACUCGUAUUAUAAUAUUAUUUCUGUAAC